UUCAUGCAAAAAACAAUUGCAAACUUAUGCAACAAAGCUAAUUAGCCCUUUUCUUUAUAUCAAAGCUUGCAUACCUCCUACCUUCAUCUGUUACAUCAUUCAAAACAAACUAUGUUGAUAUCAUUUCUUUCUUAUUCUUUCCUUGUCUCCUUCAUCACCUCACCAUCCAAAAUCCACGCAAGAACACCUUCAAUCUUCACCGUUAACCCGCAAAACACUUCCUCCGUGGCCGAAAUCCACGGAUACAAAUGGCACGAAUUCGAAAAGUUCCGCGGCGCAAUCAAGGGCAGCUCCGUCAACGGCAUUUCACAACUCAAGAGAUAUUUACACCGAUUCGGAUAUUUAGAAGCACAAGCUGACGAUGUAUUCGAUUCCAAUCUCGAAAAUGCAAUAACCAAAUAUCAAGAGAAAUUAGGGCUUCCGGUCACCGGCAAGCUCGAUUCUCCAACAGUUUCAGAGCUCAUGUCGCCGAGGUGCGGCGUUCCCGAUUUUACUAGAAAGCUGCACGGCAUCAGAAAUUACGCGUACUUCGCAGGCCGGCCGCGGUGGGGGAGGAAUAUUCCGAUGAAGCUGACGUACGCUUUCUCCCCGGAAAAUCCGAUCAAUUCCUCUCUAAGCAAGGAGGAGAUUAGGGUUGCGUUUCGGAGGUCGUUCGGGCGUUGGGCGUCGGUGAUUCCGGUGGCAUUUGUGGAGGCGGAGGACUACGGAGGGGCGGACAUAAAGAUAGGGUUCUACAGCGGGGAGCACGGCGACGGGGAGGCGUUCGACGGGGUGCUGGGGGUGCUGGCGCACGCCUUCUCGCCGGAGAGUGGGAGGUUCCACCUGGAUGCGGCGGAGACGUGGGCGGUGGACUUCGGGAGGGAGAAAUCGGCGGCGGCGGUGGAUCUGGAGUCGGUGGCGACGCACGAGAUAGGGCACCUGCUGGGGCUGGGGCACACGGCGGUGAAGGAGGCGGUGAUGUAUCCGAGCCUGAGGCCGAGGGAGACGAAGGUGGAGCUGAAGAUGGAUGAUGUGAAAGGGGUGCAAGCGUUGUAUGGAUCAAACCCUAAUUUCAGUUUAGGGGCAUUUUUAGAGUCGGAUAUUUAUUCGAAUGGAGGAAAUCAAGUUAUUAGCCUUACUCUGAGUUUGUUGCAAUUCUUCACGAUGCUGUGCCUCUGCAUGUAGAUUCUUUUUUUUUUUUGUUUUGUCUAGUGUGUGUGAAUUAAUGUGAUGAUGUAUAUUUGCGUAAGUGUUUUAUUCAAUUUGAAGUAGAGGAUUACUACUUAAUAGUGGUACUUGGAAAAGGAAUCGGUGAUAAUUGAGACAUUUAUACUCA